CCAGUGCAAGAUGGAAGAGGCGUCACUAAGCCGGGCACCAUCCCGGGGCGGAGUCACCUUUCUGAAUGUAGCCCGGACCUACAUCCCCAACACCAAGGUGGAAUGUCACUACACCCUUCCCCCAGGCACCGUGCCCAGUACUAGCGACUGGAUCGGCAUCUUCAAGGUGGAGGCUGCCUGUGUUCGAGACUACCACACGUUUGUAUGGUCUUCAGUGCCUGAAAGUACGGCUCAUGGUUCCCCCAUCCAUGCCAGUGUCCAGUUCCAAGCCAGCUACUUGCCCAAACCGGGUGCCCAGCUCUACCAGUUCCGAUAUGUGAACCGCCAGGGCCGAGUGUGUGGUCAGAGCCCUGCUUUCCAGUUCCGAGAGCCACGGCCCAUGGAUGAACUUGUGACUGUAGAAGAGACAGAUGGGGGCUCUGACAUCCUGCUGGUUGUCCCCAAGGCAACUGUGCUACAGAGCCAGCUGGAUGAAACCCAACAAGAGCGGAAUGACCUGAUGCAGUUGAAGCUGCAGCUGGAGGGGCAAGUGACAGAACUUCGCAACCGAGUGCAGGAGCUAGAGAAGGCUCUGACCGGCACCAGGCAGGAUUACGCAGAACUCACAGAGCAGUACAAGGGGCUGUCCCGAUCCCAUGGGGAGCUAACAGAAGAGAGGAAUGUCUUGAGCCGGCAGCAGGGAGAUCACGUGGCUCGCAUUUUAGAACUGGAAGAUGACAUUCAAAUCAUCAGUGAGAAAGUGCUGACGAAAGAGGUGGAGCUGGACAGGGUUAGAGACACAGUGAAGGUGUUGACUCGGGAGCAGGAGAAGCUUCUUGGGCAACUGAAAGAAGUGCAGGCAGACAAGGAUCAGAGUGAGGCCGAGCUCCAGGUGACACAGCAGGAGAACUGCCGCUUGAAUUUGGAGCUGCAGGAGACUAAGGACCGGCAGGAGGAACUGGGUGCUCAGGCACAGCAGCUAAAGGACAAGGUGGCCCAGAUGAAGGACACCUUGGGCCAGACCCAGCAGCGGGUGGCUGAACUGGAGCCACUGAAGGAGCAGCUUCGAGGAGCCCAGGAGCUGGCAGCCUCAAGCCAGCAGAAAGCUGUCCUUCUUGGGGAAGAGUUGGCCAGCGCAGCAGGAGCCAGGGACCGUACCAUCGCUGAAUUGCACCGUAGCCGUUUAGAAGUGGCUGGAGUUAAUGGCAGGCUGGCCGAGCUCAGUCUGCACUUGAAGGAGGAAAAAAGCCAGUGGAGCAAAGAACGAGCAGGGCUGCUGCAGAGUGUGGAGGCAGAGAAGGACAAGAUCCUGAAGCUAAGUGCAGAGAUACUUCGACUGGAAAAGGCAGUGCAGGAGGAGAGAACCCAGAAUCAAGUACUCAAGACCGAACUGGCCCGGGAAAAGGAUUCAAGCCUGGUGCAGCUGUCUGAGAGUAAGCGGGAGCUGAUGGAGUUGCGCUCUGCCCUGCGGGUGCUCCAGAAGGAGAAGGAGCAGCUGCUGGAGGAGAAGCAGGAACUGCUCGAGUAUAUGAGAAAGCUGGAGGCCCGCUUGGACAAGGUGGCAGAUGAGAAGUGGAAUGAGGACGCAGCCACAGAGGACGAAGAGGCUUCUACAGGGCUGAGCUGCCCUGCAGCACUGACAGACUCCGAGGACGAAUCUCCAGAAGACAUGAGGCUUCCUCCCUAUGGCCUGUGUGAGCGUGGGGACCCCAGCUCAUCUUCCACUGGCUUCCAUGAGGCUUCUCCCCUUGUCAUCAUCAGCCAGCCAGCACCCAUUGCGCCCCACCUCUCCGGGCCCACUGAGGACAACAGCUCUGACUCGGAGGCUGAAGAUGAGAAGUCAGUCUUGAUGGCUGCUGUACAGUGUGGGGGUGAGGAGGCCAACCUGCUGCUUCCGGAGUUGGGCGGUGCCUUCUAUGACAUGGCUAGUGUCUUUGCAGUGGAUCCCUUGGCAGAGGCCAGUACUGGUGGGCCGGCCACCCCACCGUGGAAGGAAUGCCCGAUAUGUAAGGAGCACUUCCCUGCUGACAGUGACAAGGAUGUCCUGGAAGACCACAUGGAUGGACACUUCUACUACAGUACCCAGGACUCCUUCACUUUUGAGUGACCUCACCCCUCCCGAGUCCAGUCAUAGACACACACACACAUGUGCACGCAUGCACAUAUGCACACACCUCAUGCACAGACAUCCAUGUAGGUCACAUGCCCAUCUCCAUUGCCCUGGGCCCAGGAUCCUCUGUUCCCUCAGAAACACUCCCAGGAGCUGGGUUCCUCCCAAGCCCCACCAACUUGAUUCGGCCCUACCUGGCUCUUUGAUCCAGGCAGGGUCCUUCUUGCAAGCAGUGGCUGCCAUUUCCCUCAGAAAGUAGUUUGAAAGGACCCAGGGUGAAGGAGGCCUCCCGGGGACCCAGAGUCCCUCCCAGCCCUGGUCAUUCUGCUACUUGCCAGCCACCAUCCACCUCUGACAUUCAUACACUCAUGCACACACACACCCCUCUGGUGCCCCAAAGCCAAUUCCCGGGGCCCCCACCCUCUUAUUUGGGGUCUGUGUUUGUUUACCUGCCUUUUCCCGGGGUCUCCUUGAGGCAGCAGCAUGGAUGUCACAGCCUUUUCAGGUCUGCGGUUCCAAAUUUCAUUGGUUCCUUUCUGUUUCCCCUGUUGCCUUCCACACCUGCCUCAACCUUUUCUAUACGGUUAAAUAUUAAGUUUGGAUGUUUCUUUUGUAUUUUUGAGGUUUAGUGCAUUCUCUCCCCUACCUCUCCUUGUCAUCCCCUGCCCCCAGGAUCCUCACAUGGAAAGAAAUAAUGCAUUUGUGCCUUCUGUGAUGGAUGGGGGGAACAAAUGGUCCCAGGUAUUCCUGUUUCCCAGCCCUGCCUCCCUGUCCCCUCACAGCAAUAAGAGCUUCCGUCAGCCCCCCAGCUGUAGUUUGAGCAAAUAUAUUUAUAUGAUAUGUAUAAUUAUUCUAAUAAAAUGUGUUCUUAUCAUGA